AUGUAUUAUCUCCACGAUAUCGACGUGGUCUAUGGCGAUGAUCCCAGUUCGGAGCCCUCUGACUCCAUCAAAGAAGUCUAUACUCAUACCAGCGGCGACAUCAACAAAGGUUUCGAAGGAAACCCCAACGUCACCGGCAUCUCCAUCAGCAUUCAAGAUGGAGAGGAUGCCCGCUAUGAUGAUCUCGCCAAAGGUGCGAAAGGAGACUACCGGUACCUGCACUUUCAGACCGGUGGCAGCCAGAACAUAAGUCGUAUUGCGCUGUUCCGCAGUGAGAGCGUGAUCAGCCAUAAUCAUAUCAUCAGCCUCGGCUGGGAUGGUCUAACCUCUGAUAUUAAUCAAGGUCGGCAUGGAAAUUACCUCUACAUCGGAUGGGUGUGGGUCUAA